AUGGACAGAAGAGAUGCUGUGCUGUUCGGUUCCGUGUUCUUGUGUAUCAGCAUCACUCAGGUGUGGUGCCAACUGUGUGGCGGACCAUGCCAGUGCCAGCAAACCGCGCCACGCUGCCCUCUUGGGGUGCCUCUUGUCCUGGAUGGUUGCCACUGCUGCCAGGUAUGUGCCAGGCAGGAGGGUGAGGCCUGCACUGACAGGCUGCCAUGUGACAGGCAGAGAGGGCUGCGGUGCGACUACAGCAGCAGCUACCCCGGGGAACCUGGGGAAUGUGUAGGCGAGAAUGCACUGGGGUGUGAUCUGAAUGGCAUGAGGCUCGAGGAGGGCCAGACAUUUCAGCCCUCGUGUGCUCAGCUUUGCCACUGCCUGGGCGGUGGAGUGACCUGUGUAUCUCUGUGCACUGAUGAGCUCCAGAUGCCAAAGACCAAUUGCCCCAACCCUCGGUGGGUGCGCCUUCCAGGCCGGUGCUGUACAGAAUGGGUCUGUGAUGGUUUGGAUAACAAUAUCUUGCCGGAUGCUUCAGUAGGUAAAUACACCAUGCACAUUGGCCUAAAUCCUUUGGAGAGGACAGCAGAAAGGGUGGACAGGGCACAUCUGGACCACAGGGGUGGGCUGUCCGGCUCAACGUCAGGCCUGAUCUCCAACUGUAUUGAGCAGAACACAGACUGGAGCCCCUGUUCCCGCAGCUGUGGCCCAGGUGUCUCCACCCGCAGCUCAAACAAGAACUGGGCUUGCCGCCUGCUGACCGAGACCAGACUGUGCCAGGUCAGGCCAUGCCAGGCUCUGCCUCAUGUAGCCCACAGACUGCAGCGGGGUUCAGGGAUGUGUGAGAUGAGCUACAGGUCACCGAGCGCCAUUCGCCUGGAACAUCAGGGCUGCUGGAGCGCGCAGGCCUUCCGUCCCAGGUUCUGUGGGCCAGCAUGUUCAGAGGGUCGCUGCUGCAGCCCCCACCACACCAGGACCAUGCGUAUGGUCUUCCACUGCCCCCAAGGCAGACUCACCCUGCAGCAAGUCAUGAUGAUUGAGUCCUGCUCCUGUGGCAACUACAACUGUCCCCAGCCACUGUCCACAGCACCCUGGAGACCCAUGUCCUGGUUAUAA